AUGAUAUUUGGUGGUAUUGUUCCUGAUAUCCAAAGACUUGAUUAUGAAAUUUCAUAUGUUGACCCAAAAAGAAUAUAUGGUAUUGAUAAUGGUGGGAAAUUGUAUACGAAAAAUGGUAUGAAUCACAUUCUAGGAAGUGGUGAUAAUGAAAAAAUUGAAAAAAAAUCUCUUAAAGAAAUAGAUACAACUUCAAUAAAAUCUACCAUAACUACAUUCAUUUCGGAUGAAACUUUAAAUAUACAUUCACACCAAACUUCAAAUGAUAAUCUAAUGUCUAUUAUGACAGAAUCAUGUACAUCAAAUGUAUCAACCAAAAGUUUAAAAGAACAAUCAGAUUCUAAUGUUUAUCAAUUAUCAACACCAAUAAAUGUACAAUUUAAAAGAUUACACUUAGAAGAUAUACAAAAAUUGAAUACUCCAAUAAAACCAUUAGAACAAACAAUUAAAGAGUAUUCUAAAGAGAUAACAGAAAUGACACCAAAAGUAAUUGAAGCAUGGAAAAGUUACACAACAAAUUUUCAGGAAUUAAUAAAAAAAUGUAACUUACCUGAAAAUUUUCCAAUGCCUAAUACUUUUAAAGAUCAUUAUGAAGAAACUAAUGACGUUGAAAUCAAUUGUUAUCAGGAGAAUGAUAAAUUAGAAUCAUUAAAUUUAAUCACUACACUUAUUGGUCCGUUGAUUGAAGAGCCUACAAGUAUAGGAAUGACAUUCUCAUUAAAAAAAGAAUUUGAUAUGUAUCAUCAGGCUUAUAUUACAAGGAAUAUGAAUUCUAAUAUAAAGAAAAAUAUUACAGCUAAUGAUAAUAAAAAUAAAUCUCACAAAAAUCGUUUAAGAAGGUUUAAUAAUUUUUUCUCAAAAAUAUUUUUUUGA